UCUCUGCCUCGAUCUCUGUCUCGAUUCCGUUUGUCUCGAUUCGAUCUGUCUCGGUUCGAUCUGUCUCGAUCUCGGCCUCGAUCCCUUGCCCUUGACCAUCCCGCCGACGGCAAGCGCUCCCAUGGCGCAACCUGAAUCGGCAACGGCGUCGCCGCGGUUCACCUUCUCGUCGUUUGUCUCGAACCUCACCUCUGAGAACACCCAAGCCUCGCCGCCGCCAGCUCCACCGCCAAAGGGCCUGUCUCGCAAGGCGAAAAAGUUCCUCGCCAGGCAAAAUGUCGCCUGGGACGCAUGGCGCCCCGAGAUCCCCUCAGAGGCCUAUGGCGAAAGACAUCUGAGCAGGCCCCCUGUUUGGCUUGAAUCUGCCCGCGGUGCCGACAGCCCCAGCAAGUCGCUGGUCGACCGCCUGGAUUCUGAGAUCCGCUCCCUCGUCGACUGGCUUUCACCCAGCGCGCAAGAGGUUGACCUCCGGAACGCAACCGUCGCAAAGUACCGCAACAUCGUCAAGGCCAUCGACCCCUCCUUCGACAUCUUUUGUUUCGGCAGCUUUCCCACCAACAUGUACCUCCCCAACGCCGACAUUGACAUCACCAUCUUGAUCCCCAACCGCAGCAACACCCGCAACAAACAGGCCAAUGCGCUGGUCCGGGUGAAGCGGCAUCUGCAAAACAGACAAGUUGGCGAGGUGACGGCGAUUCUGCACGCCCGGGUGCCGAUCCUGAAGGUGCAGGAUCGGGAAACCGGCUUGAUCCUGGACAUUUCCUGCCACCAAGACGAGUCUGCCGCCCAGAGUGUCCACAUGGUACAAGAGGCUGCGGCCAGCUAUCCCCAGCUCCGGCCGAUCGUCAUGUUCCUCAAGCUGUACCUUGGUGUCCGCGACCUGACUUCUGUGCCGACAGGCGGCCUUGGGGGGUUCGCUCUUGUGUGUUGGGUGCUGACAUUUCUGCAGAUGCACCCAGCCAUCUAUUCAUCGCAAGUCGCACCUCCGUCACCGCCGAAGGCUGCUGUGGCUGCUCCGGCUAUUCAGGACGGCUCCCGUGAACAGCCUGCAUCUGAAUCCGCCGAGCAAACCGCUGCCCGCGAACACACCUCCGCCUCCGCUCCUCAAGAAGGUGCUGCCGAUGAUCGAGGCCAGGACCACACCAGUGGCCGCGAUGUGCCCCGGCUUACCGACAACCUCGGAGAGCUCGUGACGGACUUUUUCCAUCUCUUUGGCAAGGUGUUUGACUACUUUCGCCUUGGGCUGGUACCCACGGGCCACGUCGACCCCCAGAGCGGCGAGUUGCUGCAUAUCAUCUCCAAAGAAACGAGCGAUCUCAAAGAAAAGCGCUGCUUCUUCAUUCAAAAUCCCACAGCCCCCGUCGGCACGAAUCUCUGCAAGGGCACGUACAAAAUCGACCAUAUCACGGCGUCCUUCUACGACACAUACGAGCUGUUGAUGGCGAUGGAUGUCGCCUCCGGCGUCUCCGACGGAUGCGACAACGAGCUUGAGUUGCACCUCCGGCGAGCGCGGUUCGCUCGAAUGCCAAAGUCCAAGUCAGUCUUGGCGCAUUUUAUGCACAUGCCCCCGGACAUAUCAUCGAAUCGCAAGCGACCCUCUUCCGACCGGCACCGGCACCGGCAUCGCCACAGUCAUCACGACGACCGAGAACAUGGCCACCGCGCCGACAGACGACGGAGCCACCAUACCGACAGAGGUCAUGGACAUGAUCAUCGCCACGACAGGCGGGACUCGCGGGGCGGCGAACGCCAUGACAUCAGAUCGCAAGCAGACUACGAGAAACGACACCCAGAGUCGCUCGGAUCAAGCUCGCGCAGCGACUCGGGCGCACACAAGCGACGACGUUCCGAGUAUCAUCACCGUGGUGAGCCUGAUAGCGCCGAAUCUGGCCAUGCCAGCCCGAACCCACACAAACAGCGGCGCACAUGGGCUGAACCAUCGCAAGCCCAGUCAGGACAGCGAUCAUCCGAACGGCCCGCCCGUCAUCGUCGCCACACCGAGGGCACCUCUCGAUCGCCAAGCCGCUCUGAGCGCCGGAGAAGCUACCAGUGAUGUCCUGUCGCCGACACACACAACCAAAUCAGUAAGGUUGACCUGCAUGGUCUAGCACAUACCGUAAGAGCUGACCAAGGUCAAGAAUCGUGGUCUGUUCAAGCCCAGAUGUCUCUGGGGAUGCCAGCAGCCGUUGUUGUACAUAGCGCAAUACAUUUUCUGCACAUUCACGAC